AUGCAACAACAAAUGCGUCGUGUACAAAUUGAUAAUCAAUCAAUAAAUUCAGUUGGUUUAGAAGAAGAAGAACAACAUUGGAAUUAUCGACCUUUGAUUGCAAUCAUUGUUGCACCAACUACUCAAUUAAGACUUGAUGAAGAAGGAAAAGUGAAAAUAGAUGCUCUAUGUGGUCUUGCUUUUAAUCUAGUAACAAAUAUUUCACUUAUUCCUGAUCAUCAUAUGGAUAUUGAUUUUUAUCUACAAAUAUCAACUGAAGAUCUUAUUCGACUAUUUUUUAUUUUAUUUUAG